AUGGCAUCAUUAUCAUCGGAAUAUUCGAAUACAUCAAACAAGAUGGUUGAACAAUUAUUUAGAGGAGUUUGGAAUACAGAACAGGAACAUAAACACAUUCCUUAUCAUCUCAUUGAAAAUAUGUAUCAUGCAGAGAGUGGAUUGUAUAGUGAGGGAUGUUGGCAUAAUUUUGUGAUGGGAUUGAAUAUGUUCUAUCUAUUGAAGAAUGCAGAAUUUAACGAGUUUUGUAAGGAAAAUAAUGUAAAGGAAAAGUUAUCCAAACUCUCACAAGCAGUUUACAAGUUGAAUUUUGAUGCUAGUCAUGGAUUAUUCUAUCAGAGACAAGCAUCUGGUAUUUGGCAAAGUUCAACUGAGUCAAUUAUGGAGGAACGAAGAGAAUUUUGGAAAACCAAUAAGGAAGAAAAGAAACUCAUUAGUAACACCAUGGGACUUUUAUUCUUUGCAACAAUAGGACAAGAGUAUAAACCAGAGGAUUUGGAUUUGAACAAGUUUUGCAAGAAAAUAAUUGAUGAUUUUUAUGAUUCUGAAAAGCAAAUGUGGGCCACAAAGAGUUUGCCAAAAGGGCAACAAGUGAAUUUACAACACUACAGAUUGGUGGAUCAUUCACUUCUUUAUUUGGCUCUCAAAAAAACACUUUCCAAUAACUCAGUUGACCAAGCAUUAACACAAAGAUUAGAACAAGUUGUUGAACAAGUUUUGGAGGUAAUUUUGAAAAAGUUCAAAGUAGAAACCUCUGAAAGGAUUACUUAUUUUGAUGAUAAGUUAACUCCUCACACCAAGAAAUUCCUUUGGCAAGAUUGUUGGCUUGUAAUGGCCCUUAUUUCCUCUAAGAAACAUAAUCACCUCAUUCCUCAAUUACUUAUUGAAAUGCACCAUGACUAUUAUGAUGAAGAAUCUGGUUUCCUGUUCAAUGAAUCAUAUGGAUCUAUUCAAGACAAAUCAACAAUUCAAAUCAAAAUGGUUGAAAACCAGAAACGAAAGAUUUCUCCAAACUCUCAUCAAAUGUAUAUCAGCUUUAUCAAUGAUAAUGCCCUCUUCUACUUUAUCCUCAAAAAUAGACAUCUUUAUCUUAAUUCUGAUAACACUGAAAUUUCCCACAAGAUUGAAGAAUUGUGGACUCAGACACAUGCCUCCUUCUCCAAUUACAUUGAAAAAUCCAAAGUGAAGCAUGAUCCAAACACCAACGAGCAACGUCUCCUUGUUUCAGAUUAUUUAAAGAGACAAGGUUUAUGGGCAAAUAGUGAAGUCAUUUGGACUUUAUUAGCCUCCUUUGACGAGCUUCAAUAA